AGCUUCGUACUCUCUUCUAGCUUCUCUCCGUUGCGUUGUUGCUCAAAAAGCUCGAACAGCGAUUUCCCCGAGAGCCCCUGGAGCGGCUCGGAUGACUCCGUUUCGCGAAAAAAAUCGGGUAUGGAACCUCAGAAGUACUAGAAUCAUAACAAGGCAAGCUGCAAAGAUGUCGAGGACAUCUGAAAACACCUUGCCUUCUUUCUAUGAUUCGCUUCCUCAGUAUAGACGUGCAAAACGACUUAGAAAUAACCGAGUCGAUAGAUCCAGCAAUCAAACAAAGGUAGACACCAACCUGUUCGAAGCUUACCUGGAGGAUUUAUGGAGCAGGAUUUCGGAAGAGAAGAGGCACUCUUGCGUGUAUCUUGAUUGUUUAUGGUUUUCUUUGUACAAGGAUGGAGUGGCAGAGCCGAAGAUCCUUAGUUGGAUCAAGAGUAAACAAAUAUUUUCAAGGAAAUAUGUUUUUGUUCCCAUAGUCUGUUGGCAACACUGGAGCCUCCUUAUAUUGUGUCAUUUUGGGGGAAAAGGCCGCUCAAAAGCAGCAGAGCCAUGCAUGCUGCUAUUAGAUUCACUGCAUACAACGGGGCCAAAGAGGUUGGAACCGGCAAUCAGAAGGUUCAUACUUGACAUUUAUAAAUUUGAAGGGAGGAAAGAAACUAAAUGGUUUAUAUCUAAAAUUCCUCUUUUAAUUCCCAAGGUACCACAACAGAAAAAUGGCGAGGAGUGUGGGGCAUUUGUUCUUUAUUUCAUAUACCGUUUUCUGCAGAACGCUCCAGAGACAUUCAAACAAGAGGAAUACCCUUAUUUCCUCAAUGAAGACUGGUUUGAUUUGAAGGACUUCGAAAGCUUCAACCAGGAAAUGAAUUCAUUUCGAAGCAACAAAGAGAUUGUACAAAUUUCAUGACUGGAUCACUCUAAACUGCAAUACCAGGGUAACUAUGACGUACAUCUAAAAUCUCUUAUGUUGUAUUUUACUAAAUUAUAUCCAGAGUGUUUGUAUUAAUUAGAUACUGCAUAAGUUUGGUGCUUUUGUUGCAUGCCUUGACGUCUCCUCGUACAAUUGUCUCAGAAGAGAAAUUGCUGUCCAUUUCCUCUCUCCCAAUGAUUUAGACUUUUGCGGAGACUUUUGCAGUAGCAGCUCGGCGACUCGCAGGCUUCAGUUGGACUCCGCUAAACAAAUUGAUGCUGACACGGUUCUCCAUCAAACUGGAACAAAUACUAUCAUGAAUUGCUACCAACUUAUCAUUUCUCAUCAGCAGUGUAAAUUCAACAAAUUUGGUGAAGCGCUUCUUAGCAUUCGCUGAGCCGCUGAUUACUAGUUUGCUUAGAGAAGCAAUCAAAAUCUUUUUUGUUUUGUUUUGUUUUUUUCCAGUAAAGAAAUGGUAAAAGAAAAUUCACCUUUUUCAUUGCUCUACGGGGUGUUUAGUGUGACUAACAAUGAGAUGGGUUAAAUGUAUAGCUGGUUUUUUGAACUUGAAAAUUUAAGUUGUGGUCUCUGAGUUUCCCUUUUUUUUUGCCUUUAAA